AUGAACGUCCCUCCUGUCCGAGGCGAGAUCAAUCUCCUGUGUUCGCCACCUAAGCAGGUGGUCAGGGCUACCGAGCGGACACCACCCAGUCACCUCCUCUCCCUUGCCAGGAGGGGAACGAGGCCCCCGGAGACCCAGGGAGACCUCACUUCCUAGGAGCGCAGUCCCGGGCCUUCCCUGGAGGGACAUCUCCACCCCGCCGCCCAGAGAACACCUGGAGUGAGGAGGCGCAGGUGUCUCCCACGACCUCCUGCUCUGAAGGCCACGCAGUCCCUGGCUCACGCAGCCCUGCGGAAGGUGUCCUGCCUCCGGGGACGCCUGACCCAGGCGCGGCAGCGCUCCCUGCCCGGCCAGGCCGCCCCCGGCCACAGCAGAAGCCGCCGCGGGACUGCGGCAGGGAGCCACGGCCGCUCUCCAGGACGCUCCCGCGCCGAUGUCAUGGGAGGCGAUGCAGGGCAAAGAGACGGACAUAUGACACCCACGAGCUCUUCUCCACCCAGAGCUACCAGGAAUAGGCCCUGCAAAAGAAAAAUGUCCCUGCCACUGCUGCUGCUGCCACUGCUGCUGCUGCCACUGCUGCUGCUGCUGCCACUGCCACUGUUGUGGGACAGAGGUGAGCCGCCCCCACCUGCGAAGCUUCCCUGUGUAGUGCUGAGGGAGGUCGAGGCACCUUGGCGGACUGCACUGCACGUCAAAGGAAGACCAGGAUCUUGCAGGAGAAAACAGAGGCUCUGGGGGAGAAGAUGGAGGCGUUGGGGAGCUGCAGCGCCACCCAGCCCACCCCUCCCCCACCCGCUGCUGGCAUGGCAGACGCCCUGCCCGGCCGCGUCCUACACUUCCCAGGGCCCAGUUCCUCCUCCCACCCCUGACUUGGCAGACCUGGCCGCUGGACCUCUGAUCCUGCGUGUCCCUCCACCUUCCUCCACGACCUUCACAGUCCCUAGCUCUCCUCUGCCUGUCCUGCCACCUUCUUCCUCCCUUUAGGGCCGGUUCCGCUGUGGGGGGUCCGCCUAAGGAGAAUGGGGCCCUGCUCAUCCAGUCCCUGCCGCAGUGCCUCCUGCUUCUGACCUGCCCAAACCUCCUGCCCUUCUCAUUGAUGCCAGCCUUGUGCAGAACUCAGCCCCCCCAUACCCAUGUGUGUGGAUUCCCCUCCUCCCUUUCCUUCCAGAACCAUCCUCCACUUUCUUCCCUAUCCCACCUCCCCCUUCCUUCCCUAUCC